AUCCGAAGAAAACUCCCCUCCCUGUCCUAGACACUUCCAUUCACUCUCUCCUUCGUCCAGCUCUUGAACUGUCCUCUCCUUUGAUUAGUCCUGCAAAUAAUGUCAUCCACGGCCAUGGCUAAGGCAAUAAUGUCUUGCUUCCUUUUGUCAUCUAAACAUCCUUCUUCUUUGCGUUCCUUCAUCCGAAAGACAAAUUUCUUCUCACUUCCAACAUUCUUUCCCUCACUCAUUAACCCAAAAAUCCACAUUUCCUCUUCACUUUGUCUACCCACAACAACCCAUAGAUUUACAUUACUCUCAUCACCCUUCUCCUCUUCUUCCCAACCCCCAAACCAUACCCAAAGAAUCAACACCAAGGUCAACUUUUCCCUCUCAGACUCAGACUCAGACUCUGAAGAAGUUUCCAGAAAGCAGGAAUUGGACAAGUCCAAACUCCCUCCUCCUUACGAUCCCUUUAACAAAAAGCCCAUUAUUGAAGAACCCCAAGACCCCAAAAACCUGCAACAAGUGUUCCAUGAUAUGCGAAGUGAUGGCCUUAUCGACAACGCCGUUAAGAUGUUCGAUGCAUUGUCAAAAGACGGGCUAACCCAUGAAGCAUUGGAGCUCUUUUCCCAGUUUAAAGACAAGGGUCAAAUGCCAGACGUGGUUGCUCAUACAGCUGUUAUUGAAGCUUAUGCCAAUGCUGGUCAUUGUAAAGAAGCUCUCAAAGGUUUCAUGCGGAUGUUGGCAUCUGGGGUUGCACCCAAUGCUUACACUUACACUGUUCUCAUCAAAGGCCUUGCUGCUGGAGAUGCUAAGCAUCUUGGGGAUGCAAAGAAGUAUCUGAUGGAGAUGUUAGAGAGAGGGAUUAGGCCUAACGCAGGUACUUACACGGCGGUUUUCGAGGCGUUUGCCAGGGUGGAGAAGGUGGAUGAGGCUAAGGACUUUUUGGAACGGAUGAAGGGGAAGGGAUUUGUGCCUGAUGAGAAGGAUGUUAGAGAGGUUCUUAGGAAUAAGAGGGGACCGGGAUGUCGAAGUGUCAUGCGUAUUCUCUUUGACAAAUGAUUGGAGUUUGAUGCACAAAUUUUAUUUUUAAUUUUAAAUGCAUUUGGAUUUACAAGAUAUUGAUAAAGUUUUUAAUUUUUCGAUUGAAGAAGAGAUUGGAUGUGACAUAAUUUAUCUCUCGUUACAAAAUGAUUAAUUUUUCAAUUUAGACAAAAGAUUGAAUUUGACA